AUCGGGUCGGAUCAUUAACCGUUUCUCUCAGGAUAUGGAAGUAGUGGACACCACAUUACCGCUUGGUUUGGAGGAACUCCUUUUCAGUAUAACAUCAAUUGUAGGAGUUAUGGCUGCCAUUACAUACAGCUCCUCCUGGUUCCUGCUGGCUGUUAUCCCACUCGGCAUGAUAUACUACUUUAUAAUGAGUUUCUAUCUGCCAGCAUGCAGGCAAUUGAGGAGAAUAAUCUCAAUCAAUACAUCCCCAAUCUACAGUUAUUUUAGUGAGACCUUGGCUGGUGCUAGUGUUAUCAGGGCAUUUGACAAGGAGAACCAAUUUAUGAUUGUGAUGCAGAAGAAAGUGGAUGACUUUCAUCGGGCUGACUGGGCUGAUAUUGCCAUCAAUGGCUGGAGAAGUGUACACGUGAAUUUGCUGGGCUGUUUGGUCAUUUUAGCGGCCUGCCUGGUUGCAGUAGGUACCAAAGAUAGCAUUGGUGCCGGAACGGCUGGACUCUCAGUUACCUACUCUCUAAAUAUAAUAAUCAUGAUGAAUUGGUUGGUAUACGUGCUGACUGUGGUAGAGACUAAUGCUGUAUCGGUGGAACGGAUUGCUGAGUACACAGAGAAAAAAUCGGAGGCUGAUCUAAUUAAUAUUGAUCACCGACCUUCCGAAAACUGGCCAGGUCAAGGUCAGGUCACUCUGUCCUCUUACUCUACAAGAUACAGAUCCCAGCUAGACUUGGUACUGAGAAAUAUCAAUGUUACCGUCAAACCAGGAGAAAAGGUUGGCAUUGUGGGGAGAACAGGGGCAGGUAAAUCUUCCUUGACUCUGUCUCUGUUCCGCUUGAUAGAACCAGUCUCUGGGGACAUUGAGAUUGAUGGAGAAAGGUUAACAGAUCUUGGUCUUCAUGAUUGUAGGUCUAACCUGACUAUUUUACCCCAGGACCCUGUGUUGUUUUCUGGUACCCUGAGGAUGAACGUUGACCCUAUGGAUGAGUACACGGAUGAAGAGAUCUGGAAUGCCUUAGAUCAUGCUCAUCUGAAAUCAUACGUUCAAUCUCUCUCUACUGGUUUAGACUCAGAGUGCGGGGAAAGGGGAGAAAAUCUCAGGAUUAUGGUUCUUGACGAAGGAGGUAUGCUGGAGUAUGACACACCACAGAAUCUUCUUGCGGACGACAAAAGCAUGUUUCAUGAACUUGCCAAAAAUGCUGGAUUAAUUAAAUAGGAAAAAAGAUAUGCAAAAAAUACUUGUAUCUUUAUAUUUCUCAUGAAAUCAACACAUUUGUAUAUUUUGAUAUUGACGAAGCGAAUUAUGUUAAAGUAAUGUAUAUUUCUUUGCAAUAGUGGGGAAAUGUAGCAUGUCAUUUCUUAAUCCAACAUGGGAGAAAAGCAUCUACAUAAAAGUACAAUAAAUUCAACA